AUGUCGGUGUUGGUGAAUGGUAGUCCGACAAAAGAAUUUGUGGUAGAGAGGGGUUUGAGACAAGGAGACCCCCUUUCUCCUUUUCUUUAUGUCAUAGUAGCGGAAGGUCUUAAGGGAUUGGUGAACAAAGCGGUGGAAAAUGGGGACUUUAUGAGUUUCGAUAUUAAUAGGUUGUGUAGUAUCGAUAUUCUCCAAUUUGCGGAUGACACUUUGUUGGUAGGAGAUGGUAGUUGGAAUCACAUUUGGGCGAUCAAAUCGGUGUUGAGGGCGUUUGAGAUUGUUUCGAGCCUUGGUAAUGGCUUUUCCGUAUCUUUUUGGCAUUCUUCUUGGUUGACUAGUGGGUGUUUGCGGGACAUUUUUCCUUCAUUAUUUUCGGCUUCCCUCUUGAAAGAUGUUUCGGUGGGUAGUAUGGGGGGUUGGGUGGGAGAGGUUUGGAAAUGGGGAGAUCUUGUAAUUGCUUAUCCGAACAACCCCGGUUUAAUCGAUGAUUUGUUUUUGUUACAUGAUAAUUUGAAUCUAGUUUCUCCGAAGAAGGAAGGAAAAGAUAAGGUGGUUUGGAACGAUAGUGUGGAUCAUUCUUUUUGGGUAAAAGGUUGCUAUGAUUACCUUUCCUCCUCUUUUGUCCCUUUUGGUCCGGCCAAUUUUAAUGAUAAGGCGUUUAGUCUUAUUUGGAAGAUGAGAGUUCCUCUCAAAAUAAAAGCUUUUGGAUGGAGGUGUUUUAUUGAGAAGAUUCCUACAAAAGAUUUGCUUGUUCGUCGAGGUAUUCUUUCUAAUUUCAAUGAUAUUUCUUGUGUUUUUUGUGGAGCAAAUACCGAAUCUACUUAUCAUUUGUUUAUUGGUUGUCAAGUUGUCACUUUAGUGUGGAAGGAAGUGGCCGGUUGGAUAGAUUUUGGUGAAGUGGGAAUGGUUGAUCUUAAGGAUAGUUUUUUGAGAUGGAGUAGUUUUUGUAAACACAAGAGGGUAAAAAAAGGAAAAGAAUGA